AUGGCGUCGCUGAUCUCAGAUACUGAACCGCCCACGAACUCAAACCACGGCACUACAGAUCCCGUUCGAAGGAAGAAGAGGUUCUCUGUUUCCUCCGCAUCAUCAUCAUCGUUCUCUGUUUCCUCCGUCUCCUCCACCGGAGACGUUGAUAACCACGCGCGAUGGAGAUCCGAGAAACAACAACGGAUCUACUCCGCCAAGCUGAUCCAGGCGCUGCAACAGGUCCGUCUCAGCUCCUCGACAUCAUCUCCAACGGCUCAGAAGCGUGGGAAAGCCGUCCGCGAAGCCGCCGAUCGCGCUCUCGCCGUUUCCGCUCGCGGAAGGACGCUCUGGAGCAGAGCGAUCCUAGCUAAUCGGAUCAAACUGAAAUUUCGGAAACGGAAACGGCCGAGACCGACGGCGUCCGUUCACGCUAUGAUCUCGACGGGAAGCAGCAGCAGAUCGAGGAAACGGAGCGUCUCGGUGGUGAGAUUGAAUAAGAAGAGUCUACCGGCUGUUAACCGGAAAGCUCGUGUUCUCGGCCGGUUAGUUCCCGGUUGCGGGAAAGAAUCCGUACCGGUGAUUCUAGAAGAAGCAACUGAUUACAUCCAAGCUCUGGAGAUGCAAGUCAGAGCCAUGAAGUCUCUAAUGGAUCUUCUCUCCGGCUACUCAGGCUCAGCUCCUCCGCCGAUUUGA